GCACAUCAAGAGAUGAGGAGAGAUGAGGAGGAAAGCUAAAGCAGUCGAGUGCAAAGUGCGGCGGUAGUCUCUUAGGUUCAUAAACACAAGCACGGCUGCACAUAACUUCAGAAGAAGGCGGAUCUUGAUGCAAAGCACGGGAUGGCAAAAAUCAGGCAGAUCCUUCUUUCUUCGUCUGCAAUCUGAAUCGGAGUCUCUUGGAUUUUCUUCCUCACUGCAUGCAUGUCGGGCGGAAGUUCGGCGCCGGUGGAAUGUCUUCCGUUGGAAGUCGUUGUGGGCGGCGCCGGCGAUGGCGAUGGAUGCAUGAUUCGAAUUCGAAGAGACGAAUGGCUCUGGCUACCGGGUCCGCAUAUUUUCCGUUGAGACGAGUGGAUUUGAAUAUGAAGAUUUUCCAAUUGUAGUUGACGGGCCAA